AUGGCAGUGGUACACGUCCUAGACGACUACUACCUCGGCAUCACGGCCCUCGUCACCGUCGGCUACCAGCUGUUCUUCUUCGCCAUCGCCUAUGCCUGCAAGUUCGACAAGCUGACCGACCUCGCGGGCGGCAGCAACUUUGCCGUGCUCGCCGUGCUCACGCUCUCGCUGUCGGGCCACCACCACGCCCGCCAGCUGGUCGCCUCGCUGCUCCUCAUCGUCUGGGCCGUCCGCCUCUCGGGCUUCCUCUUCUUCCGCAUCCUGCGCACCGGCUCCGACGACCGCUUCGACGGCAAGCGCGACAGGUUCCUGCCCUUCCUGGGCUUCUGGGUCUUCCAGAUGGUCUGGGUGUGGGCCGUGUCGCUGCCCGUCACCGUGCUCAACUCGCCGGCCGUGACGCGGUACGCGCAGCACGCCUUUGGCACCGGCAGGGACGUCGCGGGCGUCGUCCUCUUCGCGCUGGGCUUCGUCAUGGAGAGCGUCAGCGACGUGCAAAAGUACCGCUUCCGCAGGGACCGCGACGCCUCGGCCGUCUGCGACGCGGGCUUGUUCGCCGUCUCGCGGCAUCCAAACUACUUUGGAGAGAUACUCGUCCAGUUUGCCAUCUACAUGAUUGCCGUGUCGCCCGCAGCGGACGGCUACGUCGCCGGCCAGGCCUACAAGGCUCUGUACGCCACCAUCCUCGGCCCCGUCUUCCUCACCGCUCUCCUCCUCUUCGUCUCGGGCCUCCCGCUGUCCGAGCGGCCCAAGGCCAAGGCCCGCUACGACAAGAACAACAACUGGGACGAGUACAAGCGGUGGCUGGACCGCACCAGCAUCCUGAUUCCGUUCCCGCCGCGCCUGUACGAGAAGACGCCGACGGUGCUGAAGCGCACCGUCUUCCUCGAAUUCCCCAUGUACGUGUUUGACCCUGCGACGCAAGGUGGCCGCGAGGAGGAAGAGCAGACGUUGAGCGGCGCGUAG